GAUUGCCAGUUGUGUGGAUACUCCCUACAGAAACCAGGAUACACCAGGAAAACACAGUGUGUUUAGGUGUGUGAAGCUGCACCGCAGUUGCUGCUAGAAUGAUGUCUUACCUCAAGCAGGCCCCGUACGCCGUGAACGGUCUGGGGCUCGGGGGCGCGCCCAUGGAACUCCUGCACCCGUCCGUCGGCUAUCCGGCGAACCCCCGCAAACAGAGGCGGGAAAGGACCACGUUCACGCGCACACAGCUGGAUAUUCUGGAGUCUCUGUUCGCCAAGACGCGGUACCCGGAUAUAUUCAUGCGGGAGGAGGUGGCUCUGAAAAUCAACCUGCCCGAGUCCAGAGUACAGGUGUGGUUUAAGAACCGGAGAGCGAAGUGCAGGCAGCAGCAGCAGAGUGGCAGCAGUGGCAGCAGUAGCGGCAGCGCUAAAAUCCGCCCGGCUAAGAAGAAAUCCUCCCCAUCCCGCGAGAGUCCAGGUUCUGAGAGCAGCGGUCAGUUCAGCCCUCCUCCAGCCGUGUCCAGCACCAGCUCAUCUUCUUCAAUCUCAUCCUCCUCCUCCUCCUCGUCCAAUCCUUCAGGUCUGGGUGGACUGGGCCUGAGCAGCAGCUCGGCUUCUGGAGCCACACCCGUGUCGUCCAUAUGGAGUCCUGCUCCUAUCUCGCCCCUCCCUGCCCCGGCUACGCUCCCUGACCCUGCGCCACCUACCAGCGCAUCGUGCAUGCAGCGCGGCGCGUCGGGAAGCGGAGGGUCAGUCGGGGUGGCACAGGGGAUGGCAGCGUACCCCUACAACCAGACUCCCGGAUACGCCCAGGGUUACCCAGGAGGCACCGGCGGCUCAUAUUUCAGCAGCAUGGAUUGUAGCUCCUAUCUGGCGCCCAUGCACGGGCACCCACACCACGCUCAGCUCAGCUCCAUGCCAGGGACCGGGGUGUCGGGGCACCACGCACACCCGCAUCACCCGCACCAUCUCGGGCAGAGCAGCGGUCACCACCACGCGCACCAUCACUCGCACGCGCAUGCGCACGCGCAUCAGGGUUACGGCACCACUGCGCUGCCCUUCAGCUCCUCGGACUGUGUGGAUUACAAGGACUAUAAGGACUACAAGGACCAGGCUGCGGCCGCCGCAUCACCGUGGAAGCUGAACUUCAGCGCGGACUGCUUGGACUACAAAGACCAGGCGGCGUGGCGCUUCCAGGUCCUCUGAUCUGUUUUAGCACGUCCAGAUACUUUUAGAACUUCUUACUGCGCUCCAAAGAGCUUUGAGGAGCAAGCAAGUGUUUCUAGGCUAGAUAAACACGAGCAGGAACCUGGCAGCAACUUGUGAUCUGCUCCUCCAGGAUUGAAUCCCAGCUCUGAUGUGGUGGUGCGAUCUCUGCCAAAGCCUCCUUCUCAACACCAGACCCAAAAACUCUUCUUACCCCCCUCAGAGAGACGUUAUAAAGGUAACCAAGUCCGCCCAACACUAAACACACCAACAAACCCCCGAUCACGGGUCUUUUUUUUUUUUUUUGAAGGGGAUCUACUUUUUUUGGGACUCGCUGCACUUGGACUUCUCGCGUAUCUAUGAAGGCAACAACAACAACAACAACAACAACAACAAUUUUGAUGAUCUGGUGCAAGAGAAACUGUGAAUCUGACGCGUCUGUUUCCGUGAAAUGUAAAAAAAAAAAAAACCCUGACCCAACGAGCUGAUACAU